AACGCCAGGAUACCAAGCAGAAGGUGCGCUGAGUGGGCAGGGCCGCGCCGGGGCCGGAUCCGUCCGACAGGGUAACGGGGCUGGACAGGAAACGGGACACGCCGGGAGCGCGCAUCGGUCCGCCAGCUCCCGUCGGAACGGGUACGGGAACGGGAGCGUUAAUGUAACGUGCCUCUCACGUCGAAAGCGGCUGGUGGAGAGCACCGCACCAGUAUCGGAGCCGCCUGCCUGCAUCCUGCUCUGGUGAGAGCCGUAGGCUUUCAUCCCGAAACCAUUGUCGCUUGAUUUCCCAUGAAAAAGCCUUCCCCGUGCACCCGGACUGGAUCCAUAACGGCGUGCAAUUCCAUCCUCAUUCAAAAACAGAGAGGCGCUUCAAACCUUUGACAGAGUGAUUGAGGGCACAUUUUCAUUCCAGAGUCGCGGCCAGCUUGGAUCAGGAGCAGAGCUCAACCAAAGAUGGAGCAGCUUUCUGAUGACGAGCUGGACCAUGCCGCUGAGGAAGACAGUGAUAAGGAGGACCAGGACCUGGACAAAAUGUUUGGAGCAUGGCUCGGGGAGCUGGACAAGCUGACGAAGAGUCUGGAUGAUGGAAAGCCAGAGAAAGUGCAAAAAGCACCUCUUAGGCAGGAGACAAACAUGGCCAACUUCUCCUACCGCUUCUCCAUAUACAACAUCAACGAGGCUCUGAACCAGGGGGAGGCCGUGGACCUGGAGGCCCUGAUGGCAGACCUGUGCUCCAUCGAGCAGGAGCUGAGCACCAUCGGCAAACCCAGCGGUGCCUCCGCCCGCCUCAGCCUGCCCGGCGAGGCAAAGGUGCGGCAGAAGCCACCGGCCGGCCGCAGCCACGGCGUGAAGCAAGCGGGCGGAGCGGGCGGAGGGGGCGGUGGGGGCGGUGGGGGCGGAGGCAGUAGCGGCAGCAGCGGCGGCAGCAGCACCCGCGUCUCGCCGGCCUCCACCGUGCGGGCGGGCGGAGGCCACAGCCGCCCAGCGCUUGCCUCCAACUUCUCGCUGGACGACAUCACGGCGCAGCUGGAGCGCGCCUCGCAGACCAUGGACGAGGCGGCGCAGCAGGGCACGGCCCCGCCCACCGCAGGGGCCUCCGCCCCCGGCCCCUCCUCCGCCGCUGCUGUGCGGAGGCCCGCCCACCAGCACCACCGCCGCACGGGGUCAGUGGGGACGGUCAUCGAGCACGAGGCGCUCUCCUUCGUCCACUCGUCCCGCUCGAGCAUCAACUCGGCCUCCGCGUCCAGCGUGGACUCGCUGGACAUGGAGAAGGCCAGUAGGCCGGAGCAGGAUGGACAGCACGAGCCAGUCGCAGAGCACUCGUAUCUGGACAGGGAGACUUCUCUGAUUCUGAAAAACAUUGCAGGAAAGCCUUCUCACUUGCUGACAAAGGAGGAGCAGGCUGCCAAACUUAAAGCAGAGAAAAUCCGAGUUGCCCUGGAGAAGAUUAAGGAGGCACAGGUUAAAAAGCUGGUGAUCCGGGUGCACCUUUCUGACGAGAGCUCUAAAACCAUGAUGGUGGACGAGAGGCAGACGGUGCGUCAGGUGCUGGACAGCCUGCUGGACAAAUCCCACUGCGGCUACAGCCUGGACUGGUCUCUGGUGGAGAUAAUCAGUGAACUACAGAUGGAGCGCAUCUUCGAGGACCACGAGAACCUUGUGGAGAACCUGCUGAACUGGACCAGGGACAGCACCAACAGGCUAAUGUUCAUCGAACGUCUGGAGAAGUACGCGCUCUUCAAGAACCCACAGAACUAUUUGCUGGGGCGGAAAGAGACGUGUGAGAUGACUGACAGGAAUAAAGAAGCUCUGCUGGAGGAAUGUUUCUGUGGAAGCUCCAUCAGUGUUCCGGAGAUGGAGGGCGUCCUCUGGCUGAAAGAGGACGGUAAGAAGUCCUGGAAGAAGCGCUAUUUCCUCUUAAGAGCCUCUGGAAUAUACUACGUGCCAAAGGGCAAAGCCAAGACAUCCAGAGACCUGGUGUGCUUCCUACAACUGGAUCAUGUGAACGUUUAUCUGGGUCAGGACUACCGCAGCAAGUACAAGGCUCCCAGUGACUACUGCAUGGCCCUGAAGCACCCUCAGAUUCAGAAGAAAUCUCAGUAUAUCAAGUACCUGUGCUGCGAUGAUGUCCGAACCCUGCACCAGUGGGUCAACGGAAUACGCAUUGCCAAGUAUGGGAAGCAGCUAUAUGUGAACUACCAGGAGGCCAUGAAGCGCACCGAAGCUGCCCACGACUGGUCCUCACUCUCCAGCUCCAGCAUCAAGUCCGGCUCCAGCUCCUCCAGUCUUCCAGAAUCCCAGUCCAACCACUCCAGCCAGUCGGACAGCGGUGUGUCGGAGACGGUUUCCUCCGGUCACGUGCGCGCUCAGAGUGUGGUGAGCUCCAUCUUCUCAGAGGCUUGGAAGAGAGGCAGCCAGGCUGAGGACCCCAAGAUGAGAAUGGAUACAUCCCCACCCGCACAGCCUAACAGAGCCUCUUACCCUCUCCAGCUGCCCCAGAUACCCCCGCUGCCCCAAGCUGCCCUAUCCCAUGGCAGCUACCCCAGCGUAUCGCCCCAGUCCCCUCCUUCUCCGCCAUCGCCGCCGCCUCCACCUCCCCCUCCUCCACCCUUGCCUACCCCCACCUACCACUCCAACCCCAUCAUGUUCACCAAGUACAGCACCAUAGCCAGGCUGCAUAACAUCUCCCAGACGCCGGGGCUCUACAAGCAGACCCCUCUGCUGGCAGCCGUGCAGCAACUGCAGCAACAGGCCACGCCCCCCAACCCUCCCCCGCAGUCCAUGAAACCAGUGAUGAACCACAACGCAACUCCGGCACCACCCCCCCCACCGCCUCCGUCAGCACCUGCACCAGGAUCCGCCAUGGCGGUCCUUAAGAUGGGCCCCCCAAGCCCUCAGCCUCAAUUAAUCCCUCCACCUCCUCCAGAGGACGAGCCCUCGGCUCCGCCCGAUUACACCCAGAGCAACGGCGUGCUUCCUCCGCCACCACCCACGGAGCAGUUCCAAUACCCUCCGCCCCUCAGUGCCAGUGGGCUCCAGCAGUUCCUGGCUCAGAAGUUUCCCAACAUGAGCUAUGACUUUUCGCCGCUCGCACAAGACCGGGCAGCAACUCCACCUGCCCUGCCCCCGGUGUCUUUCUCACCUCCGCCUCCUCAGCAGGUAGUGGGGCCCCCUCCUGCACCACCCAAAACGUUUGCCGGAGGAUUUCUGCCCCUGACGGCCCCCAAACCGCCUGGACCUGGACACUGCCUGUCCCCAGUCUCCCCCGUACCUCCACCUCUGUCCCCAACAUCAUCCACCUAUAUGAAGAAGCAGGAGAGCUUCUCCGGUGGCCACAGUCCCAGCCAGCCUCCACCCACCUUACCCAAGCAGCACAGCUUCUCCUCAAAACCACCACCUUUGUCCACUGCCACAUCCCCGACACCGUCACUGGUCAAACAGCUCGCAAACCAGUUCCCUGGAGCUCUGGAUGCUUCUAAAAGCCCCUUGUCCCCUCCAGUGGUCAAAGCCAAGCCCAAAUGGCAGCCAGGUGGACAGGCCCAGCCCCAGUCUCCUGAGUUCCCCCCUCCUCCACCCGAGAGCAGCCUAGACUUCCCUCCCCCACCUCCUGUACCAAGCCCCCCUCCUUCUAAAAUAGGGUCACCAAUCAAGAAAUCGCCCUCCACCUCCUCCAACUCUUCAACCAGCUCGGCAGGGAAGAGACCUCCCCCGACCCCGCAGAGAAAUUCCAGCAUAAAGUCGAACACCUCCGUUGAGUACCAAGAAUCAAAAAAAGUGGAGGACCUAGUGAGCAUGUUUGCUCCGCCCAGCCAGCCCACCAGCUCCUUUUCCACUCCCUCUUCCACAACCGGCUCCCCGUCCAGGGAAUCCUCCGUGAGCUUCCGGGCGUCAACCAAACCAGGCAAGAUCAACCUGGCCAAUCUUCCACUGGCUCUCCAGAGCAAACCCGGACAGGGCCGGCAGCCCAACUCGGACUUCCCCUCCCCCCCUCCUGAGUGCGACUUCCCCCCUCCGCCUCCGGACUCCGAGCUCCUGCCUCCUCCCCCUCCACCUCUGGAGAUGCACGGCGUAGCCCCCAAAGUGGCCGUGGUCAACCCCCAGCCCCAACUUUCCGCCGGAACGUCCUCGUGGAAACAGAGCUCGCUGAGGAAGACGCCCCCUCCGCCUAUGCAGCGUCGCAGCAGUGGCCCCGCCGAGCCGCUGGUCCUGUCCCCGCCGGCCCAGCAGAUCCCGCUCGCCUCCUUCGGGCCGUCGCUGCCCCCCACCUCCCCUAAGGGAAACCUGUCCGUCCAGCCCAACUUCCUGGAGGACCUCAACAGGACUUUAAAGAGGAAGUCCAUGUCCCGGCACGGCUCCCUCACCGCCUCGCGCAUCUCGGCCAAACUGGAGCCCGUAGCCACCAUGGACGACAUGGCCCUCCCACCCCCGCCCCCCGAGCUGCUGCUGGGCCAGCAGACGAAGGGCGGCUACGCGGGGGCCAACAUCUCAGGCUAUGCAACGUUACGGCGGGGGCCGCCACCGGCGCCGCCCAAAAGGGACCAGAACACCAGACUGACCAGGGAGUGGUAGACGAGGCGCACCGGGGCGCGUCCGUGUUCCUCCGCGCGACUGACGGGCCGUGUGAAGAACGCUGCUCCUCAUAUAGGACACUCCUCAUUUAAACCGCAGUUAUCAUCACAGUAUGAAAAAAGCAAGCCAAACCACCUAGAGCAUAAGCUUCUCCGCGUGUUCGUGCCGCUUCGCAAAUACGUGUAAGCAGUUAUACAAAACCAGUGACGACAAGGACACUGCCGUUAUUUUAAAGUAGGUACUGCAUGGACUCCAGCCUGAGGAAAGGGAUAACAUGUGUCUGUAUAAUAAAGAUGUAUCUGGAAAUUAAGGGUGGGGACGGCGCUUUUACCUUUUUAUAUGAAAUUAUUUAAUACCUGAAAUAUAUUCUUAUUUUAAAGUUUAGUUUUUAAACCCUCGACUGUAUGCGUUAAAAACGUGACUAGAAUUCAGGGUUGAUGGAGAUGUGUGUGUGUGUGUGUGUGUGUGUUUUGUCUGAGUGGUUUGGUCGAUCCUCUCAGAGGAAGAAGAGGAGAAGGAAGGUAAUGGUUAGGUACCGUUUGCCUUUGGCUUAAUUCUUAUUCUGUAAAUCCAGAGUUUCAAGAAUGGCACAGACGGGUUGCAUAUGUCCUGAAUGAAGUAAUCUCAAAUUCUCCUGUAACGCACCUACGUGGAUGACAUCCUAUUAUUACUGCUACACAACCGGACAGAAAAAAAAAGUCAAUAUUGAGGGGAAAACACUUGCUUUGGUUAGAACCCUUUAGCAUCCGGAUUUUGAGACAAACUGACCCUACUCCCCAUGUAAGAGGCUAUUUAGCCUGACUGUAUCUGGGACUGGAUGUGUUCUGUUUUUGUUGGUUACAUUGCUAUCUAUCUGUACAUACUGCAGCUAUUCCUGACUUUAACAGAUACUCUUAGCUCUGUGGCUUUGUGACAUAUUAGGGGAAAAAUGUAUUGUUACCCUGAUAAUUUGCAUUGCGCCAUACGACCGUUACUCCCAAUUCAAAAUUAAAGUGCUUCUCCUAUCUGGGUCCAUUUCUUACUAUAGCAGAGCCAGAUACAUGCAUUAGUCUUGCACGUACGCCAUUAGCUUGUUCUCCUUUCUAGCUUUCUAGCAUUUAAUGAACGUAGUUGGGGCAGGCUGGUUUGAGUCCAGUUCCCAGUCUCCGAAGCACCUGACCUUUGAACUUUGGCCAGUGAACUUUAGGGUCAGGAAUGGAGCAAGAUGUCACCUUAUGAUGAUGCAGCGUAACGUUUUCUGUCUCCCUUGCCCAAGGUUACCCAAGGUUGCCCCAAAUGUUUACCAUUUUGCCAUCAGCCUACUGUUCGCCCAGAUUGACUAAGUGGGAAACAGCUGAACUGCCAUAAACUUGAGAGCACACUGCUAAUGAAGCCUGUUAAAGUCGGGAGUAUUUUAGAUAAAAUACAUGAGAAAGUAAAUGUCUGUUGCAUUUCAAAUGAACAAUAUAAAUGUGUACCUCAUGCAGUGA